UACACUUGCACGUUCAGAGGUCUCUCCGUUUCUCUUUAGGGUUUCACACAAAAUCCCAAAAUCUUAAACCACUUGGGAAAAAAAAACUAGAAAAGAUUUCCUCUAUCAGAUUUGCAGAAAUGGAGAGAUAUUUCAAAAGGAAGCCUGAAUCCGAAUUAUCGACGCCACCGAAAAAGGAUUCUAAGAAAACAUGUGCUGAACUCAAUUCGGACGACCUUCCUGCUGCUGCUGAUCCGCUAUUACUAGUUCCCAAACAAAGAAAAGAGCCGGUGUUACUAGUUCCUCUUUCAGAAUACGAUCCUACUGAUGUUGCAGAUCAUCAAACAACAAGCUCGAGAAAUACUUGUUUGGAGUUUAAUCCUGCAGAUCUUCCUACUGAUCCCGCGUUAAGAAUUCCAAUUUCAGAAUAUGAUCCUGAUAUUCGAGAUCAAGUUAGAAGAGCUUACUUGAAAAAGGGUCCUUGUCAGCCUCGUAACCAUAAUUUUCCUUUUAAGAAUUUUGGGAAGAACUACUCAAACUCUAGGAGGUUUAAUCCUGCUUGGUUUAGUGAAUAUCCUAACUGGUUGGAGUAUAGCAUUACAAAGGAUGCUGCAUUUUGUUUGUUUUGUUAUCUAUUUAAACCAAACAAUGGUAAACAAGCAGGUGGCGAUGUCUUUGUUGAUGAAGGGUUUUCUAAUUGGAAAAAGAAAGAAAGGUUACAGAAGCAUGUAGGAGGUGAAAACAGUGCUCACAACCAAGCUUGGAACGAUUGUCAAGCUUUGUUAGAUGAAUACCAGACUAUUUUGGAUGAUGUGUCCCUUGAUACGCUGCGUUUGCUACUUCGUCAAGGGCUUCCUAUUCAUGGCCAGCUUGAAAAUGAAGGUAAUGAUGGAAAUUUCCUUGAAUUGUUACAGUUUCUUUAUAACAGUCACGAAGAUGCAAAACCAGUCGGAUUGGAAACUGCUCUCGAGAAUUCAAAAUCGAUAACCACUGAUGUUCAGAAGGACAUUGUAAGUGUUAUUUCAGAUGAAAUUGUCCGUACAAUUACUAAAGAUAUUGGUGACAGACUGUUUUCCAUUCUUUUGGAUGACCAUAACGUACAUUCAGAGGAUAAGAUAAGCGUUGUAUUUCGUUAUGUGGAUAAGGGUAAUGUAGUUGAGCGGUUUGUGCUUAUUGAUCAUGUUGCCAAGAUUACUGCUUCAUUUCUCAAGACGUCUGUGGAUAAGUUCUUUUCGGAGUAUGGAUUGUGCAUAUCUAGGUUGCGAGGUCAAGGGUAUGAUGGAGAGAGUAACUGUCGAGGUGAGCUUCAUGGUCUUAAAUCUCUUAUUCUGAAGGAAAAUGAGUGUGCCUAUUACAUUCAUUGCUUUGCUAAUAAACUUCAGUCAAUUCUUGUUUCUGUGGGAACGGAACAAUUUGAAGUUUACAAUUUGUUCAAAUCGGUUGCAAAAUUGGUGGAUAUUGUAGGAGCAGUAGCUAAACGUUAUGCUAAUCUUCAAGAGAGAGAUGUUGUUCUAGCUUUUGAGGAACUCAAGAAUAGUGGUUUUUUAUAUGAAACGAAGAUAAAAGCGUUCGCGUUCAUAGGAGACUCAAAUCUGGAAACUACUCUUAUAUGGUCUAGUGUUGCAUGUGAGGAUUCUCACUACAACACCUUAAGCAUCUUAAUUACCAUGUUUGCAUCUGUAGUGGAUGUUCUUGAUGUUAUCGAAAGGGAUGGAUACAGUGGUGAUGACAAGUUUAAUGCGUCAGGUGUCUUGGAUACUAUCUUUUCAUUUCCUUUUGUUUUCAGUCUACAUUUGAUGAAAACUAUACUAGGAAUCACAAGUGAUUUGUCAAAAGCAUUACAGAGGAGAGACCAAGAUCUUGUGAAUGCCAUGAAACUAGUUAAACUAUGUAAGGAACAACUUCAAAUGAUGAGGGAUAAUGGUUGGGAUUCUCUAUUCAAAGAAGUUUGUUCUUUCUGUGACAAUCAUCAAAUGGAAAUUCCAAAUAUGGACGAUAUAGUUCCCAGACAGGUGCGGUGUCGAAGAAGCGAUGAAACUCAAGAGAUCACGAACAUGCAUUAUUAUCACGUUGAGUUAUUCCAAGCUGUCUUAAAUAUGAUACUUCAAGAGCUAAAUAAUCGAUUCUCCGAGACGGACACUGAGUUGCUUCUUUGCAUCGCAUGUUUGAGCCCAAGUGAUUCGUUCUCUGCAUUCAACAAACAACAGUUGAUUCGCCUUGCUCAGUUUUAUCCUGUAGACUUCUCUGCUGCUGAAAUCAUGACACUUGCAGAUCAACUUGAAAGCUAUAUAUCUGAUGUGCGCUCCGAUGUCCGGUUUUCAGAACUGAAUGGGAUUGCUGAUCUUGCACAGAAAAUGGUUGAAACAGAAAAGGACAAUGUUUACAAUCUAGUGUACUUGCUUCUGACACUGGCACUAAUCCUCCCAGUUGCAACUGCCAAGGAACAGAGGGUCUUUUCUUCUAUUAACCGUGAGAAGGUAAGGGUAGAAACUGAUCUAGAAGAUGAAUGGAUGAGUGAUCGCUUGAUCCCAUACAUUGAGAGUGAUAUUCUUAAUAGCCUUGACAAUGAGACUAUUGUGCGCCGAGUUGAAAAUCUGAAACUUAGUAAAAGGGAUAUUGUAGCUUUAAAUUGAUAUGAAUUGAUAUCAAGAGUUUUUUGUUAUUUUCAUUGCUCAUCUUGUGUCCUUACUGUUAGCUGCCUUAGGUGACUACCUGUAAUCCUUGAUCUAUUUUCUGUUGAAAUUAUGGGGUUUUUUGUA